AUGCCGUCCGACACGGUCAACGUCUCGUUCAUCGACCUGAUCUGGAUGCUCCAGCCCGUCCCCGUCGGCACUAAGCACUGUCUUCCCGCCCUUGGCUCGCCCAAACCCUGGUACAUCCUCCCCGCGCCUCUCGCCAAGAACCCGGCGCCGUGGGAGCGCAGGCCGAACAGGGAGUCGGAGCGGCUGCUCAAGGUUCACAACGUCGCCGCCGAGAACAUGAAGCAGCUCGUGAAGCAGCGAAUCGAGAGUCGGGAUCCGGCGGCGGCUAAGGCGGAGCAAAACAGGAAGAAGAAGGAGCGGAAGCUGCGGUCAAAGGCGAGGAAGGAGGCGGGCGAGUCUGGCGACGCGGACAAGGAGGAGGCGGAGGCGAAGGAGCCCGAGGCGCCUCGACCAACCGUCGCGUACGCUCUCCCAGCCUACAUCUCGGACGAGAUGCAAGAAGCCUUCCUCGCCGAGUACGCUCGCAUCCACAAGGACAUGGAGGACCGACGGCUGCAAGAGGCCGAGGUCACGCUGCCGGACAAGUUCACCGGCUGGAGAUAUCAAGCAGCUUGGCGGCGAGUUCGGCUUCGAGGGAGGACAAGCCGUUUGGUCUCACCGAAUGGCCAAUACCCGCGAUGA